AUGUCGUUUCUCAGACGCAGAAAGGGAAAAGCUUCGGACUCAGAGCCGGCUCCGAUUGAAGACGAGAGUGAAAAAGAACAGGAAAACCAGAAGCACAAGCAAAAGCAAAAGCUUCCCAGUAAAGAUGGAGGGAAGCCACAAAAGUGGUCCUGCGUCGAUAGCUGUUGUUGGUUCAUUGGGUUCAUAUGCUCGAUCUGGUGGUUCUUGCUCUUCUUGUACAACGCAAUGCCCGCUUCUUUUCCUCAGUUCGUGACCGAAGCGAUAACGGGUCCCUUGUCUGACCCGCCUGGCGUGAAAUUGAGGAAGGAGGGGCUCAUGGCAAAGCACCCUGUGGUCUUUGUGCCUGGGAUUGUGACCGGCGGGCUUGAAUUGUGGGAAGGGCAUCAGUGUGCUGAUGGGUUGUUUAGGAAGAGGCUAUGGGGUGGCACAUUUGGUGAAUUGUACAAAAGACCGUUAUGCUGGGUUGAGCACAUGUCUCUGGAUAAUGAAACGGGACUAGACCCUUCGGGUAUAAGGGUCAGGCCUGUAUCUGGCCUUGUGGCAGCUGAUUAUUUUGCACCAGGUUAUUUUGUCUGGGCAGUUUUAAUUGCUAAUUUGGCUCGCAUUGGAUAUGAAGAGAAAACCAUGUAUAUGGCUUCGUAUGAUUGGAGAUUAUCGUUUCAAAAUACCGAGGUUAGGGACCAAACGUUAAGUAGGAUAAAGAGUAAUAUAGAGCUUAUGGUUGCUACAAAUGGUGGUAACAAGGUGGUGGUUAUUCCGCACUCAAUGGGUGUUCUGUACUUUCUGCAUUUUAUGAAGUGGGUUGAGGCACCAGCACCAAUGGGUGGUGGUGGUGGGUCAGAUUGGUGUGCUAAGCAUAUUAAAGCUGUGCUGAACAUCGGUGGACCCUUUCUAGGGGUUCCAAAAGCCGUUGCGGGACUUUUCUCUGUUGAAGCCAGAGAUAUUGCUGUUGCCAGGGCUUUCGCACCAGGUGUUUUGGAUAAGGACGUUUUUGGGCUCCAAACAUUACAACAUAUGAUGCGAAUGACCCGUACAUGGGAUUCAACUAUGUCAAUGAUACCGAAAGGCGGGGACACUAUAUGGGGUGGCCUUGAUUGGUCCCCUGAAGGAUACUGCAAUUGUAGUGCAAAGAAGGUGAAGAAUAAUGAUACCAAUACUGCAGCUGAAAACAGAGUAAAUUAUGGGAGGAUUAUAUCAUUUGGGAAAGAUGUAGCGGAGACACAUUCCUCCAAGAUUGAGAUGAUUGAUUUUAGGGACGCUGUAAAGGGUAAUAACCUUGCGAACGCUACCCAUUGUGAUGUAUGGACAGAGUACCAUGAAAUGGGUGUUGGGGGUGUCAAAGCUGUUGCAGAUUACAAAGUGUACACAACUGAAUCAGUUUUGGAUCUGUUUCGUUUUGUUGCCCCCAAGUUGAUGACACGUGGGGAUGCUCAUUUUUCAUAUGGGAUUGCUGACAAUUUGGAUGACCCGGAAUAUGAACACUACAAGUAUUGGUCGAACCCCCUAGAAACAAAAUUACCAAAUGCUCCAGAUAUGGAGAUCUAUUCUUUGUAUGGAGUUGGAAUCCCGACUGAAAGAGCAUAUGUAUACAAGUUAACUCCGACUGCUGAAUGCUACAUUCCCUUUCAGAUAGAUGCCUCAGCAGAAGGUGGAAGUGAGAACCCCUGUUUAAAAGGUGGAGUUUUCUCCUCUGAUGGGGAUGAAACUGUUCCGGUUUUAAGUGCAGGCUUCAUGUGUGCUAAAGGUUGGAGGGGUAAGACCCGAUUCAAUCCUUCAGGCAUCCCUACUUACAUAAGGGAGUACGACCAUGCCCCUCCAGCUAAUCUUCUAGAGGGUCGGGGCACCCAGAGUGGUGCUCAUGUUGACAUAAUGGGGAACUUUGCAUUAAUUGAGGAUGUUUUAAGAGUGGCAGCAGGUGCCAAGGGAGAGGAUUUGGGUGGAGAUAAAGUGCACUCUGAUAUUUUCAAAUGGUCUGAAAACAUCGACUUAGAUCUCUGA